GCAACACAGGGAAUGUGUCAGUUCUUCAGCAAUCGAAUCAACAACAUUUUUGUGCGUAAUAAUAAUUUGCUGAGUUUAUUUUCCUGUUUAAACGUGUAUUUUAGAGUUGAAAGCGAUCAUAGAUAGUUCAAUUUCAUCCGUGGUCCGUAACAUACCUGCGGGCCAUAAAUUCGACCGCAUCUAAACAGUUAUAUAUCAAGUAGGCGACUACACAGGAACAAUGGAUGAAGAUUCGGCCAAAAGUAGCGAUAAUGAAGGCGAAGACAGCAGUCCACGAAAGAAGGUUAAAACCGAAGACCUGCAGCAACCUUCAACGUCGUCGUCGUCCGGUGCAUCAACGUCAUCCGGCAAUAUUGCAUCCACUUCCGCGGUACCGAUCCAAAACUGUCCCUCACAAAGUCCAAAUGAUGGGCCCAUUGAUGAGACCGCUGGUGAACAACCGGAUCAAGCGGUUGAUGUCGGUGCUAUGAUGCUGGAUGCUGCCAAUUCACCCAGACGUCGACCGCGCAGUGAACACGGGGAUGCAAGCAACGAAAGCGAAGAAGACCGGGCGGACGAUGCGUUUAUACAAAAUCUAGAACGAUCGGUCGAAAGAUUGCGCCGUAAUGUGCGCCGUUUGACUAAUCGGCAUGAUCGGGCACGGAACGGUGCAGAUGAAAACGUGCCGGAAAAUGAGCCGGUUGAUGAAAAUCCUGCCGUUAGGGAUCCGAUUGAUUCAUCGCGAUCCAAUCGCAUAAGGAAUCAGAUUGUUAACGAUAUAGCGCAGCUGUUUGUUCCGAACGUUUUCCGUGGAUACGAGAGCAACGAGGACAGCAUAGAUAGCAUCGACGUAGCGGAAAUUGAUGACGAGGAAGAGGAGGAAGCAAAUGGGAAUUUUCCGUACGAUGCAGAAAACGGGUCUGAGAGUGACUCAUCGUCCAACACGUCCUCCUCUACAUCUACAUUGACGUCCAGCUCGGAAAGUUCCGUUUCUUACGGACACUCAAGCGGUUCCGAGUUCGAUUAUGUUCCGAGUUCGAUUAUGCGAGAUGAAAUGAAUGUGGACAGUCUCGACUGUCUUAAGACCGCCUCUGUAAAAUGCCAGUGGAACAUAGUUCGCGAAAUAUACCAGCGGCAGCAUGGUGUACGGUUCCACAAGAUGCCCAACACGGUGGGAAAAUACGAUCCGAGCCAAUUCCAAAAACGUGCCUACGGUUCGGUAAACUUGGUGAAACGGUUGGGACUGAUGCACAGACUGACACAUCACCGGGGCUGUGUUAAUUGCUUAAACUUUCACCCAUCCGGCAAAUUGUUGGCCAGCGGUUCGGAUGAUCUACGCAUCAACCUGUGGAACUGGGAAUCGAAGAAGCUGCUGAAGUCUAUACGCAGCGGACACAAGAGCAACGUCUUCCAGACCAAGUUUAUGGUUUGCGAGGGAUAUCGGGAUAGCGAUAUCGAGAUCAUAUCGACCGGGCGCGAUGGAUUUGUGCGCCACACGAUCGUUUUACCGUCGGGUCAUUCCACCACGAAGCAAAUCUUUCGAUCGUCGCAGGCGAUCCAUAAGGUGGCGAUACCGGCACGCAACGAACACGUGUUUCUAAUGGCCGGUGAGGAUGAAUCGGUGCGCCUGUGCGAUAUGCGCCAGGGUAAGGUCCAGACGGUGGUCGAUGUCGGCAAGCGGUUGUACAGUAUUGCGACCCAUCCGUACGAUUCGGAGUUUUGUGUUGCCGGUAACGGAACGGCAGUACGAGUGUACGAUCUACGGCGUGCGCAACAGCCGAAGAGAAUGUUGGUCGUAGGGGAACCAGCGGAAAGAAGACUCAUGUCGAGCAUUACAUGCGCUGUAUACAACCAUGAUGGGUCGGAGAUUCUUGCCAGCUAUAGCGAAGGCGAUAUUCACCUUUUUAAACUGAAUUCAGCAGACGGACCAUUGGACACAUCGAUACGGUUCAAGGGCCACAGCAACGUAAAAACGAUUAAGGGUGUAAAUUUCUUUGGACCUCAUUCGGAGUACGUGGUUUCUGGUAGCGACUGUGGAUCGAUUUACAUGUGGGAAAAGAGCAGCCAAACCAUCGUCAACUGGCUGCGAAGCAAUUCCAACGAGGUAGUAAAUUGUCUCGAGCCGCACCCGGAAUUUCCGAUACUGGCCAGCUCCGGUGUGGACUAUGAUAUCAAAAUUUGGGUUCCUAAGGGGCUGAACGAUGAACAGACGGCACCGAUCUUCGACUCGCACGAUCUGAAGCGGUACGUGCGACGCAACCUUCACAUGCGGAAUAGUUAUCGAAACGAUUUUGGCCUGCGAUCGUCACAUCUUUCGCGCUUCUUUCCUACGCUUUCGUACCGUCGCCGUUCCGUCGCCCAUCUUAACAUGGACGACGCCGUAGAUGAUUUGCGCGAACAGGACGAAUACGAUCGGGGUGGACGGUCGCGCCUGGAUUGUAGUCCCUCGUAAAUAAUAUUUGUGUAUGAAGCGUUUGCCGGAGUCAACGUAGUGUCGACGUCGCACGUGAAACGGGAGAAAAGAUUUAAAUUUCGUAAUGAAAAUCCAUGGAAAUAAAUAGAAAAGGGCAGGCGAAAUUAUGUUUCGACUUUGUUCGAUCUGCUAUCGUAACCGGGGGGGUUAUGGUUCAGUUUCAGAAAUAUUAAAGCUAUACAUCUAUGUAAUGCUA